AUGACUCGUAAGAAAGUGAAAUUAGCGUUCAUCAGCAACGACUCGUCCCGCAAGGCGACGUUCAAGAAGCGGAAGAAGGGGCUGAUGAAGAAAGUGAGCGAGCUGAGCACGCUGUGCGGGAUAGAGGCUUGCGCGAUCGUGUACAGCCCUUACGAGGCCCAGCCGGACGUGUGGCCAGACGGGCGCGGUGGGGCCCAGCGCGUGCUGGCCCACUUCAAGCGCAUGCCGGAGAUGGAGCAAAGCAAGAAGAUGGUGAACCAGGAGAUGUUCCUAAGCCAGCGCGGGGCCCGGGCGGCCGACCACCUCAAGAAGCUGCGUAAGGACAACCGAGAGAAGGAGAUGACGCGCCUCAUGUACGAGUGCCUCACGGGCCGUGGGGUCCACGGCCUGCCCCCGCCAGAUCUCAACGACGUCACGUGGCUGCUCGACCGCAGCCUCAAGGAGAUCUACAGCAGGAUCGAGGCACUCCGAAAGGAUAAACAGCCGGCUCAGCAGCAGCCGUGGUUUUCGGAGUGGACCCCACACCUGCAGGGUGGAGGAGGAGGAGAAGAAGAUCAUAUGAUGAUGCCUCAGCCUCAGGGGACUAAUACUAAUACUAAUACUAAUACUAAUGUUGUUCUCAAUAAUAUGUGGUCCAAUGUCUUCUUCCCCUGA